AUGACCCUAGGCAUCAACAUCGUGGAGCCAAGUAAUGCUGAGACCGCCCUUGUUACCAACCCAGGGAUGUACCAGCUGGACAUCAUACUGAAGAAAGGACACAACCUCGCCAUCAGGGACAGAGGAGGGACAAGUGAUCCGUAUGUGAAGUUUAAGAUCGGUGGGAAGGAGGUGUUCAGGAGCAAGACUAUCAAUAAGAACCUGAACCCAGUGUGGGACGAGAAAGUCAGCCUACUGGUGGACAGCCUCCAAGAACCCCUCUAUGUCAAGGUGUUUGACUAUGACUUUGGCCUUCAGGAUGACUUCAUGGGUUCUGCCUACCUCUACCUGGAGUCUCUGGAACACCAGAGGAACCUGGACGUGACCCUUGACCUUGUGGACCCCCAGUACCCCGACCAUGACCUGGGAACUCUAGACCUGGCAGUCACACUGUCGCCCAAAGAGGGAGACUUCAGGGAAGCUACCAUGCUUUUGAGAAGGAGCUGGAAACGAUCCAAUAAGCUGCAUUCAAGUAUGCGGUUGUCAGAUGUCCACAGGAAAGCUCAGCUGUGGAGAGGUAUAGUGAGCAUCAGUCUGAUUGAGGCUUGCGACCUCCAGCCUAUGGACGCCAACGGCUUCAGUGACCCCUACGUCAAAUUCAGACUGGGCCAUCAGAAAUACAAGAGCAAGACGAUACCCAAGACUUUGAACCCCCAGUGGAGAGAGCAGUUUGACUUCCAUCUGUAUGAGGAGCAGGGGGGCUUCAUCGACAUCACCGUCUGGGACAAAGACGCAGGCAAGAAGGACGACUUCAUGGGCAGGUGUUUGAUUGACCUGUCGCCGCUGAGUAAAGAGCACACUCAUAAGUUGGACGUACCGCUGGAGGAGGGCGAGGGCAUGCUGGUGCUGCUGGUCACACUCACGGGGGCUGCAGCAGUGUCCAUCUCGGACCUGUCGGUCAAUAUUCUGGAUGACCCACACGAGAGACACCAGAUACUACAGAGAUAUAGUGUGCUGAGGUCGUUCCACAACCUGAAGGAUGUGGGUAUGGUCCAGGUGAAGGUCAUCAGAGCAGAGAGGCUGAUGGCGGCAGACGUCACAGGCAAGAGUGACCCCUUCUGUGUGGUGGAGUUGAGUAAUGAUCGGCUACAGACACACACCGUCUACAAGAACCUCAACCCCGAGUGGAACAAGGUCUUCACCUUUAACGUGAAGGACAUCCACUCAGUGUUGGAGGUGACGGUGUACGACGAGGACCGAGACAGGAGUGCAGACUUCCUGGGGAAAGUGGCCAUCCCUUUACUAAACAUUCAAAAUGGUGAACGGAAAGCCUACGCCUUGAAAAGCAAGGAGCUGACAGGGCCAACAAAAGGGGUCAUCUUUCUCGAAAUAGACGUGAUUUUUAAUGCUGUGAAGGCCGGUCUCAGGACGUUAAUACCCAUCGAGCAGAAAUACAUUGAGGAUGAACCCAGAGUGUCCAAACAGUUGCUUCUGCAGAACUUCAACCGAGUGAGACGGUGCGUCCUGCUCCUCAUCAACGCCGGCUGCUACAUCAACAGCUGCUUCGAAUGGCACUCGCCUCAGAGGAGCAUCUGCGCCUUCCUGCUCUUUGUUCUCGUGGUGUGGAACUUUGAACUCUACAUGAUUCCUCUGGCUCUGCUGCUGCCGCUGGCCUGGAACUAUAUCCUUGUCGCUUCGGGGAAGGACACCAGGCAAGACGUGCAAGCGAUGGAGGACUUGCUGGAGGACGAGGAUGAGGACUAUGACAAAGAUGACAAGGACCCGGAGAGAAAGGGCUUCAUCAACAAGCUGUAUGCCAUCCAGGAUGUGUGCAUCAGUGUGCAGAAUGCGUUGGAUGAAGUAGCCUCCUACGGCGAGAGGAUAAAGAACACCUUUAACUGGACAGUGCCGUUCCUAAGCUGGCUGGCCAUUGUUGCACUGUGUGUGGCCACUGUGCUCAUCUACUAUAUCCCCCUACGCUACAUUGUCCUGGCCUGGGGGGUGAAUAAAUUCACCAAGAAGCUCCGUGACCCGUACAACAUUGACAACAACGAGCUCCUGGACUUCCUGUCCAGAGUCCCCUCGGAUAUACAAGUGGUGCAGUACCGAGAGCUGAAACUGGAUCUCAGUCAUAGUCCAAAUAAGAGGAAGAAAAACAACCCGGGGUAGCUGGCUUUGUCCGCCCACUGAAUCUUCCCUCCCUCAACGGCCCGACACCAAGGAGCAGAGGAAGGCUGGUCUGGACCUCCUCGACUCACUCUCUCUCUCUCUCCACUUUUUUCCUCUUUUUCCUCUUUCUCCCUCUUCUACUGACUUUAAAUAUACAUGUACAGGCUCCCGAAGUGUAAUUAUCAUUGUAGAAAGAGACAGCAAGAGAAAAAUCGAUAAAUUCCGAGUUUAGAGAUGAGCGUGGAUGAAAGUGAACCGGAUCAUUCCGGACCCAGGUGUCUACAGCAUUGUACCAGUCUGACAGAUGUACAAGUCAUGCUCGACUGUGUGACAGUUAUGAGUUCAUCCGAAGAGGUUUCAGACAUUUUUUACAUAAUUCCCCGUAAGGAACAUAUCAUUUAACCCUAUCAGAGUCAGAAAGCCGCUAAACAGGUAGAAUGGCUGGUCUACUUUUCAAAAUCUGAACUCCCAAUGACCUCUGG